AUGGCUAGCGGUUUUUGUACCAAAGAUUGUGGAUGGUCUUUAUAUUUGUUUUUGGUACUUUUAUUCUUUUCUGUUGUGGCUAGUUUUGCUGCUGGUAUUCCUAAUCAACAGAUCAUGCUUCGAGUUAUCCCUUUCCAUCAAAGAACUCUAGGUAUUGCUGUUAAUUGGACAUUCCACAGACUUUUGGGUUUUAUACCCGGAGGUAUACUUUUUGGUUUUAUGAUAGACACUACCUGUCAGAAAUGGCAACAUUCUGAUUGUGGAACAAGGCAAUCUUGUUUGGUACAUGAUCAAUACAGACUAGCAUGGACUAUAAUGGCUGUAGCUGUUGUUUGCAAAUUAAUGGCUGUAUUAGCAACGAUUAUUGGUUAUGUUACUUACAGGCCAAAUGACCUCGACAGGCAAAAUAUUUAUCAAUUUUUAUAUUUUAAAUUAAAAUUCUGA